AUGGUAAAAGGAGAUGCUGGAGCAGUUUUGGAGUACUUUCAGAAAAAGAAAGAAGAUAAUUCAUCAUUUUUUUAUUCAAUCCAACUUGAUAAGGACGAUAUGAUCACUAAUAUCUUCUGGGCGGAUGAUCGGUCUAUUAGCGAUUACAAUCUCUUUGGUGAUGUUGUUUGCUUUGACACAACUUAUAAAAAUAAUGAUUAUGAUAGACCGUUUGCUCCAUUUGUCGGGGUGAAUCAUCAUAAGCAAACUGUUGUGUUCGGAGCUGCUCUCUUAUAUGAUGAAACCACUGAGUCUUUUAAGUGGCUUUUUGAGACUUUUCUUGGAGCAAUGUCUGGAAGACAACCAAAAACAAUUCUUACAGACCAGUGUGCAGCAAUGGCGAAUGCAAUAGUGAAGGUGUUUCCAGAAACAAAACAUAGGUUAUGUAUCUGGCAUAUUUACCUAAAUGCUGCAAAGAAUUUGAGCCGUGUAUUUCACGGACCAGGCCAGUUUGCCAUGGAUUUUGGAAAGUGUGUAUAUGACCAUGAGGAAGAAGAAGACUGGUUAUUGGCGUGGACUGAUAUGCUCAAUAAGCACAAAUUGACAGAGAAUAAAUGGUUGAAGAAUUUGUUUGAGGUGAAAGAAAAAUGGGCAAUGGUAUAUGGCCGACAUACUUUUACAGGCGAUAUGCAUGCAGAAGAAGUGUAUACACCAGAAGUGUUUACCUUGUUCCAAAAGGAAUACACAGUCAUCGGUGAUUAUGUUGCAAAAAAGACCUGUAAGUCUGAGAUGGUGUAUGAAUACAAUGUAUCUUAUCGUGGUGCUGCACGAGAGCAUUUGGUUAAGUAUGAUGCUGCAAACCAAACAGUACAUUGUAGUUGUAUGAAGUUUUCAUUUGCUGGGAUCUUAUGCCGUCAUGCAUUGAAAGUGUUGGACAAAAAGAAUGUUAGAAGAAUUCCACCUACUUACAUUCUGAAUCGAUGGAGCAAAGAGGCAAAAGCACGGACCCUAUCUCAUUACCAUUCAGAGAUACCCAAUGAAGCAGUGAAGCAAUCAAUUGGAAAGCGAUAUAGUCAUAUUUGUCGUACUUUCCGUGAGAUUGCAUCUGUUGCCGCUGAACAUAUAGAACUGACAUUGUGUGCUGAUGAAGAUGCGGUUGAGUUGCUUAAAAAACUGGAGGAAAAAAAAAAGGAACUUGUGAGAGCUAAUAAAUGGAUCCUCCAUAGUUCAGAAGAUAAACUUGUGGAAGAAGAAGAAGAAGAAGGAGAUGAGGACAUUCUGAAUGAACCAAUUCUCACUCCUAGUACCCAAUUAUCUGUUGCGCCACAAAUUCGACAUUACAUAGCGGGUCAUUUUUCUCGCAAUUACUCGAGGUAG